AUGGUGCCGGAAUUACCAGGUCUGAUUCCCGAUGACUUCCACUUCAGCUCAAUGGAGACUACCGAGGACAUGACCCGCUACGUCCCGGGAGGCUACCAUCCUAUCAUCAUUGGCGACAUUAUCGGCUCGUCUCUUCGUACGGACUCUGCGAGCAAGCCAUGCCAAUAUAGGAUCAUGCACAAGUUGGGCUUUGGGUCAUAUGCGACGGUAUGGUUGGCUCAGAAGAUGGAUUCAAGCGGAGCCCUCAACGGUGCUGCCCAAUGGCCAGCUGUCGCCACAUGGCAUGACGCUGCUGGAUCACUUACCUUGCGCGGUCCCAAUGGCACUCACUCUGUUCUGGUGACGGACGUUGUGGCGCCGAUCAUCUCCUUUCCUUCACCUAGACGCCCUCCGCAUUGGCGGAAAGCUGUCGCGUACGGUCUAGCGCAGAGUUUAGCGCACCUACACGCUACUUGCACCUCGGUAAUGUUGGGCUUGCCAUGCCGCAGCUCGCACAUCAGGAUCCAGACGUACGACCUGACAAUUGUUCUACCUUGCUCCGCUGCCAAACAAACGCGCUCGUUACCCGCUUAUGUUGUCGCGCCGUGCCGCCUGACUACGUACUAUGAGAAACUCGCCAGCUCCGAUCCGCCUGUGACUAAGAUCUUCGACUUCGGCAAUGCGCAUAAAGCCGGAACGCUACCACUGAACUUACAAUGUGCGGUGGAAGCUUGCGCUCCCGAGGUAGUCUAUGCACUCGUCAUAAAAAAGACAGAAAACCCACCCGUUGAGCCCCCAGCCGACGUCUGGGCUCUCGGUGCUGUCAUAUUCGAGAUCGUUACUGGCUCUCCACUUUUUUAUGGCGUCGGCAUGCCCGCCCUGCCGUCUCGCAUGUCUAAGAUGGCCGGCUACGUACCCCCAAAGUGGCGGUCAUGGCGUCCUGAUCUGACCAUAUCACCCGACCAGGCCGAUGCCUGGUGGACAUCACGUAAAACGCUGCUACGUCAAGGCUGUGUGGAUGAUAAAGACACGGACGCGCUCGUUAGGCUGCUGAAGAAAGUGCUCGUGCUCGACGCCACGAUUCGACCGACUAUCGUAGAGGUCCUGCAAGAUCCGUGGUUCCAUGAUGAUGCCGCGCACGAGGUCCAAAUUUGA